GUUGUGGCUAUCAUCUCCAUCCUGUUCAUCGUGCUGUCCACUAUAGCACUGACCCUCAACACCAUCCCAGCGCUGCAGGAUCGAACAGACCCCUCCCUGAACCAGGACAACGAAGACUUGGCGGUGGUCGAGGCGGUCUGCAUUGGCUGGUUCACCCUGGAGUAUUUAGCACGUUUCUGGGCCUCGCCAAACAAGUGGAAGUUCUUUAAAGGUCCAUUGAACAUUAUAGAUUUAUUGGCCAUUAUGCCAUACUUUAUCUCCCUUGGACUCACAGAGACUAAUAAAAGCACCACCGAGCAGUUUCAGAAUGUUCGACGGGUAGUCCAGAUCUUUAGAAUCAUGAGAAUUUUACGUAUUUUAAAACUAGCACGCCACUCUACUGGACUUCAAUCUCUAGGGUAUACACUUCAACGUUCCUAUAAAGAGCUAGGUAUGCUGCUGAUGUUUUUAGCCAUUUUUAUACUGCUCUUCUCGUCACUGGCUUACUUCGCUGAGAAGGACGAGCCGGAGACGAAGUAUAAGAGCAUCCCCGAGACGUUCUGGUGGGCCGCAAUUACGAUGACCACAGUUGGUUACGGAGACAUUUAUCCAAAGACUGUGCUGGGUAAAGUUGUGGGCAGUGUCUGUUGCAUCUGCGGCGUAUUGGUCAUUGCUCUUCCCAUUCCCAUCAUCGUAAACAACUUCGCUGAGUUCUAUAAGGACCAGAUGAGACGAGAGAAGGCGUUCAAGCGUCGAGAGGCUCUGGAAAAGGCCAAGAGGACAGGGAGCAUUGUUUCCUUCCACUCCAUCAACCUGAGAGAUGCUUUUGCCAGAAGUGUUGACCUCAUGGAGGUGAACUCCCCAUCCCACAAGGGUCAUGUUGAAAGCAACAUCGGAGAAACCUGCAGUCUUGACAGUAAAAGAAGCCACGUAGUGGCAAUGGGUGGUUGCGGUGUUUCCACGCAGAGCAACAAAAUAGAAGAGAGUGCUGUCUACCAUCACGACAACGAGUUGCUCACUACCUCAGGGAUGCCAUCUGGAAGCUGUGUAGGCCUUGGAGCCAACGCUAGUACCAAUAAUUUACUGGACGCUGACGAGGAAUCAUUGAAACGUAUGACGUCCACACAGCCGCAGAUGACCUCACAAUCUCAGGGACGACCAGAAGGCAUCAGGGCAGAUAUGGUCACACCGGACAAAAGCUGCAUUGAACUCCAACAGCUGCCACGGCAAAGCAGCAACGCUAGCAGCACCGACACCUACAGCUCCUGCAUGACCCAGCCUCAUGGCAGCCCCAAGGCUCACGGAAGUGGUGUUGGAAUUGGAGACAGACAUAAGCAGAACCUGUAUGUGAACCCCAUGGAUGAUUCUUCCAGCCUGGGACAGGAGGUAGUGCAGUCCCCAGGGGGAACUUGCUAUGACACUGUGUUCAAAGAAUCUCAUCCUGAUCCUCCACCUCACCUUCCUCAACCUCAUCAUUUGUUCCACCACCACCAUCAUCAACAACCUAGGCGUCCACCUCCUCUUAGUUACCAACAACAUCAACGAUUCAGCAACAGCUUCAAUAGCCAACAAGAGACGCGUUUCAACGGCAGUGGCUCAGAAAGCCCACUUGCUGGUAGCCCGCAGACAAACAUGGGAUCCACCCACCAGAUAAUUCAAAGACUAGAAGAUGGGUUUACAGCAACAUGGGAAAGAAGCCCGCCACCGUACCCUGGUGCUCAGCUUCCAUUUCAUGCUGUGACAUCAUUACCCGGUAAUAUGUGCGAACUUAAUUCUGUUGAAGCCCCCAUCAGUCCUAAUAACUCCCCUUCAGACUCCACAAGUCUUCUGCAGGUAGAAGCAGAAAGUUCCCAACACAGAAAGCCCAGCUUCAAAAGGUAUAAGUCGCUCUCGGUUGAAAAGCAUCCACGAGUGUCCAGCAUCAAGGAUCGGAACUAUUCUUCCACAGACAGUCUUCAUAUUAACUCUAGCGGUCGUCCACGACUCAAGUUUCGAAAGGCUGUGUCUUUAGCAAGUCGCCUUCACGCUAGCCCAUCUACCGGACGGAAGCUGGCAAACUAUCACCUUAUAUCCAACUCAAAGCAAG